UAUUCCAAAAAGUUUAAAUUGCAUUAGUUUAAGUUAUGCGUGUCUGUUUGGUUUCCACCGGAACUGCUCUCGUGCAAUUGACGACCGGACACUAUUAGGGGACGGAACAAACCAAGAAGUGGCAACAACAGCAACUAGCAAGAUGUGUUGUAAAGCGGAACGUUUGGGCUAUUAAACGUUACAUUGGAAUAUUUUCAUAGGUCGUUAAAGUGCAGCAGAUUACAACCAUGUGGAAGAACUCUUCUGAAGGAUCUGACCGACUUGAAUAUUUACAAAAUUUGGUGACAGAGUUUCAGGACACUGACAAUGAGGAGGCAAAAGAGCAAGUGUUGGCCAAUCUGGCCAAUUUUGCGUAUGAUCCCAAGAAUAUGGAGUAUCUAAGGGAGCUACAAGUGCUUGACCUCUUCCUAGACAUGCUUACUGAGGAAAAUGAAAACUUUGUGGAGUUUGGAAUAGGGGGACUAUGUAACCUCAGCGUGGACCCUGAAUGCAGAGACACCAUCCUGCACAAUAGUGGAAUUAGUUUAGUCACCAACUGUUUAUCAAGCCAGAGGGAAGAGACUGUCUUAUCUGCAAUUACUACCCUUAUGAACCUCACAACACCAUUAUCACGCGCUGAGAUAACUGACCCGGCCAUCCUGCAAUGUAUGUUGCGAUUUUCCCUCUCUGAAAGUCCACGACUGCGUAACCUGGCUGGUGUUUUUCUCCAGGACUGUUGCGCUAAAGAGCAGGUUGCCCAGACUGAGCAGGAGAUGCAUGGACAGCAGACAGCUGUUGGAAUCCCACUGCCCAGAAACAACUGAGCCAGCUCUUCCACAAACCAGGCCGUGAUCUGUGAUAUGGGAGGAAAAACUCCUAAGAGCUGAGGGAGAGAUUAGCGCCACCCUGAGCCCCUCAGUUCACAGUUUACAUUGUGGAUGAAGGUCUCCAGCAAACUAAUCCCACUGAGAGGCAAAGAGAAGCCCACCUGUCAUUGUCCCAGAUGGCUACUUGGCAGUGCACAAGCUAAAAGGCACCAAUUUGAAAAGAAAAUGAAAUUAAAAGGUGAUAAGAUUUUCAUGUCCAUGUUUACCUCGUAUUAAUCCAAAUCAUUGACAAAAUACACGACCUGUGUAAUUUGACUCAAUUGUUUGAAAAAAACAGGAGAGGUUCAUAAAAACCUCAUAGAUAUUUCCAUAGACAAAUACAGAGUCAUAAAGCCCCUCUACACUACCAAAUAUUUCAUCAAUAGAGAUGAAACAUUUUUAAGUAAUAAAACCUGUAUCCCAAAUACAAUAAAUAUGACUCCAUAUUAGAGUGAAACACGCCAGUGUGCUACACUGUAAAAAGUCAACCACAAGUUAAGAAAUUAUGCUAUGUAUAAAGGUUGUUCUAACUCUAACAUUACAUGUCAAACCUAUCUGCUGUAAUUAUGCAAUUCUUAUGCAGUUCUUAUGAAGUGAAUACACUGCACUGCCUGAAACCAUGUCUCUGCUGUUUAUGUAGAACUUUCACAAGGAAAACUGCAGUCUGAAUUCCUGAUGGUCUCAUGGAGAGUGGAGUAGGAGGUCUUUUCUCUGAGUCAAUGUUUUCCUGACCCAAAUAUCUGAGUUGCCCAAUGUCUAGCAGGUGGAUAUCGAACAUUCAUACAGUACCAUAUCACAGACCUGCGACAUCGACCUUGUCAAACUACAUUUUAUGCCAGAUCAGCCCCAGCUCCUUCUCAGCCUCCUCACACAGUUUAAACUUCUGGACCUGAGGCAACAGAGAGAGAGAGAGAGA